AAAGGUUAGCCUUUUCUCAUCUGGGUUUUUUCGCCUAGAAGCACAAGCUACUGUCUUAGUUUUCAUCUACAAAUUAGGGAUUUCAUUUGGUUCUUGUAACUUGUCUGUUAAUUGAUUUGUUUCCCGUUUGAGCAAUUUUUCUGGGUUCAUAGAGGUGUAAGUUUGUCUUCUGACCAGGAUUAUUGCACUUGUGUAUGUAUAACUGUUGUCGGUGUAUCCAAAACCUAUGGCCCUAACAAGCACAAGACCGGGCUGGUUAGUUGGAUAAAGCCAGAGCCUUGAAUUUUGGCCUCUUCCAGACCAUACCUAGAACCUUCUCGCACUAAAAAAGAGGGAGAUACAUAGAUUUGUUUUUGCUUCUGUAAGAACAUAAAUGGCAAGCCGCUUCUGUAAUAUUGUUUUGCAAUCACCAUCCAGCUCAUUACGUUUUUAUAUUUCAACCAACCCUGCAAAAUUUACUAUUUCUGCACCCAGGUCAAAUUGUAUCUCAUCAUCAAUCAACUUUGAGGGAUCCCAAAAGAGAUGUGUUGGGUAUACUAACUCCAACCUGAAGAAUAGCUGCCGCUCGUUAACGUUUACAACUGCUGCGAGUCGCAGGAAUGUGUGCUGUGAUAUUUCUUUUUCGUCCCAAAAUGUGAAUAUGAGGCUUUUCUUACCUACUCAAUCGAAGUUUCACAAAUUUGGGUGUAAUUCUGGACAGCGAAAUCAUUCAUCUGCAGGUUUAUUUAUUGGAUUUUUAGUCUGCUGCUCUGCCUCUGAACCAGUACAUGCUGAAGCAUCAGGAGGAAGUAUGGGAGAUAGCUGUGAUUCCUCAACCACUGGCUAUUCACAUGGAAAGAAGGUCUAUACUGACUAUUCUGUAAUUGGUAUACCUGGAGAUGGAAGAUGUUUAUUUCGUUCUGUUGCUCAUGGUGCUUGUGUAAGGUCAGGAAAGGCCCCUCCUAAUGAGAACCUACAGAGGCAAUUAGCAGAUGAAUUGCGGGCCAGAGUGGCAGAUGAAUUUAUAAAGAGGAGAGAAGAGACCGAAUGGUUCAUCGAAGGUGAUUUUAACACAUAUGUUGCCCAAAUAAGGAAUUCUCAUGUGUGGGGAGGUGAACCAGAACUUUUGAUGGCUUCUCAUGUUCUCCAGAUGCCAAUUAGUGUUUACAUGUAUGACCAGGACGCAAGUGGCCUGAUUUCUAUUGCUGAAUACGGGCAAGAAUAUGGCAAUGACAAUCCUAUUAAGGUUCUGUAUCAUGGAUUUGGUCAUUACGAUGCAUUGCACAUUCCCGGGAAGAAAGGACCAAGAUCAAAACUUUAAACUGCAUUUUCAUUAUAAAUGUUUAUCUUGGAGGAGAAGAGACGAUGCACAGGCUUUUGAGCUAUGUUAUUGUCUAGAAUGUAACAAGUAGGGUCUUCUAAAAAAGAAUGUAACAAGUAGACUUAAUGUGAAUUGUCAAGAGAGGGGUUUCUGAAUAUGUGCUCUCUAGGAGUUUCCAGGAGUUUGUGUUCUUCCCUUGAUGAAUCAUGUAAUCUUUACCAUUUUUCCUCCCCAUUUAUCUGUCAAGUCGAGUUCUGAA